AUGUCGGGCUCGGCCUUCACCAGGAGGGUGAACGACUUCAAGACCAAGUUCCAGUCUCUUCUGGGUGCCAAGUCCCAGGGAUACGAUGAGUUGGAUACUCUAGAACGGCCCCUGUUUUCGGCGCAGGACGAGACGGAUGACUACGAGCGCACCCAUGGGGUUGCCGCACCCCAGUCUUACCGCCCCCCAAACACGGGCGGGGCCACCGGCGCCGCAAGCUUCACUGCUGCCGCCGCUGUGCCGUCCCAGGUGGAUGAGAUCCGGGAGCUGUCGGUGCUUGCCAAGGACGCCGCAGGCAUCCUGUGGGAGAUGGUCGCCCUGGGGGAGACGGGCCCGGCUGCAACCGAGAUGCGGAGCACGGCCGAGCAGCUGCAGGCCCAACUUCGCGGCCUCAUUGGAGAUUACACGGGGGGUGAUGAGGCACUCUUCAGCCAGGCGUUUGAGGCGCUGGACAUGCUGAACAGCUGCCUCGCAGACCCCUCCGCGGCCCAGCCGGGUGCCGAUGCGGGGGCGCCCAGCCCCUCCGAGCCCCAGGCCGCGCCGGCGCCCAGCAGGAGCGACGCGCCGCUCAUCAGCUUUGACUGA